CCCCAAAUUUGUGUUGCUCUGUGUAGAUGGAGAUCACACCCCAGCAGUCUUCAGUCACCUCCCAUCCUGUGCAGCCCGGCCCCUCAGGACAGGGAGGUUAUAUAAGUCGCAGCUGAUCCCUCGUUCCCCUCAGUCCUGAUCUCCUGGAGAUGCAAGAAAUGAGCCACAAUGGGCAACAAGGUGACUCGAGGAGACUUUGAAUGGGUUUAUACGGAUCAGCCGCACAGUCAGCGCAGGAAGGAAAUCCUAGCCAAAUAUCCCGAAAUAAAGUCUCUUAUGGGACCGGACCCCCACCUAAAAUGGGUCGUCCUGGCGAUGGUUGCUGCUCAGUUCAUGGUCUGUCAUCUAGUCAGAGACUUGGCCUGGAAAUGGGUUUUAUUUUGGGCGUACGCACUUGGUGGCUGCGUGAACCACUCGUUGACCUUGGCCAUCCACGACAUCUCACACAACGUGGCCUUCGGCAACCGGCAGGCGAAGUGGAACCGAUGGUUCGCCGUGAUCGCCAACUUGCCUAUCGGCAUGCCCUACUCUGCGUCCUUUAAGAAGUAUCACAUUGAUCACCACCGCUAUCUGGGAGGAGACCACCUGGACGUGGACAUACCCACAGACUUCGAAGGGUGGUUCUUCUGCACCCCCUGCCGUAAACUGAUGUGGUUGAUCCUACAGCCGCUCUUCUACGUGUUACGGCCGCUGUAUGUAAAUCCGAAGCCCAUCAGCAGGAUGGAGAUCUGUAACGCCCUCGUCCAGUUUUUUGUGGACUUCUUACUGUAUAGGACGUGUGGCCUGAAGCCUGUGGUCUACCUGCUGGCCGGCUCGGUUUUCUGCUUGGGUUUUCACCCCAUCUCUGGACAUUUUAUUGCAGAACAUUACAUGUUUCUGAAAGGACACGAGACUUAUUCCUACUACGGAUCUCUCAAUUUAAUAACUUUUAAUGUUGGCUACCACAUGGAGCAUCACGACUUUCCCAGCAUUCCUGGAAGCAGAUUGCCCAUGGUACGGCAGAUUGCUUCCGAGUAUUAUGACGGUCUUCCCCAGCACCAGUCCUGGGUGCGGGUUCUAUGGGAUUUCAUUUUUAAUGAAGAAAUUGGACCCUAUUCCAGGAUCAAAAGGAAAUGCAAGCUUGCCAAUGCAGGAUAAUGAUGUACAUGCACGGACAGAACAUUUUUAUGUGAAGCCUUACAGGCCGACAACUGACUCUGUGCAGAUGCCGUACAGGAUAAUAAAUGGUGUUUUCUACUGA